AAGGGCGAAGCUGAUAAUUUUGUUUUGUUUUGUCUUGUUUUGUUUUGUAGGCUACUGGCUCCAUACCUAUCACUGUUCGCCACAUUGAGUCGAUGAUCCGAAUGGCGGAAGCACAUGCUAAAAUGCAUCUCAGAGAAUACGUUACAGAAGACGAUGUGAACAUGGCGAUUAGGGUCAUGCUAGAGAGCUUUAUUGAUACACAGAAAUUCUCGGUCAUGAGAAAUAUGAGGAAGGUAGGUUAGAAAGCUCGUUAAAAGAUUGAAUUUUUUGACAACGUUUUGACAGACGUCGAGCUAUGUUACAGGUUGUUGAACGUUAUAUGAUAUUGGCAGUCAAUCUCUCUCAGUUCGUUCAACAACCUUCAACUUUGAAUUGCCUGUUUCAACAUUCAACAUGGCAUAACACUUUGUUCAACGGUUGUCGAACAAGAGCUGAACUGUGUGUCUCUGAAUAAAAACUGUACAAAAUUCUUUAUUGGUAUAUUUUGCUGAAAAAAUUUCGACUUCGUCGCACAUGCCAGAGUUAUACCGAAGGUCGUCAUUUUCGCUGAAUAAAACGUAAAAUACUUAACCAAUAUGAUGCUGAUUUACCAUAAACUCGUGGAAGGUUAUUUACAAAAAGUUUUCAGUUUAAGUGUUUGGAAACGAAAACUGUGGACUUUGAGGCGUCGUUUGUCAGAACAAUCUUUGGUCGCGAAGCAUUUUUAGCGGAGACAAACCGUUAUUCUGAGAAGGUUUUUUACAAACUAACUAUUUUACAAACGCUUACCUUUCCACUUCCUGGAAAGCAUGUAAAUCACACCAUUUAAAAACUACGAAUAGAAACGCUUGAAUCCUUAAACUGGUGUGGCUGUGGUUUGUGAUUGGCAGCAAAGUCACCUGUAACUUUAUCAACCAAUCAGAAGUUAAAUCCAAACCAAUCGUGAACUUGCUGUCGCCUGUAUAUUUUCCCGCUCUUGACGCGGGCUACAUGUAUUUGUUUCUAUAUCUCAUUGGUUCAUUUGAUUGUCUGCCCGUUCAGUGAUUGGCUGUAAUGAAGGUUGUUUACCAUUUACAUGGGCAAACCGGUCAGUUCACGGUUUGCCGAGUAACUAGUAAACAACACACAGCAGUUGUUUUGUUGUCAUCAGUUGAAAAUUACUCUACCUUAUUGUACGUUCUGUUUUCUGAACAGGCAUUCUCGCAGUACUUGGCCUAUCGCCGCGAUAACAACGAGUUGCUGUUGUUUGUGCUGAAGCAACUGGCUAAAGAACAGACAACGUUCUUCCGCAGUCGUUACCGAAGCGAACCUGAUGUGAUCGAAAUUCAAGAGGAUGAAUUUACGGACAGGGUAAGCUAUCACAACACAUUCAAGACAUAAUAUACCAAAAGUAUUGAGAUGAUUCACUCUGAGAGCGAUUACUUCCCCGAUGCAACUAAAUCAAUUAUACUCCAUCGCAAUUGCUGCAAUUGUGUUUUUAUUUAACUUCAUCAAAAAAUUGCAGCCUGAGAAAACAGCCGAAAUAUCGUGAUUCUGCUCAGUUUGCCCGCAAAAUGACGUGUAUGGAAGGACUGCAGAAUUUCAUACUGAUGACGUGUCACUACCCAGAUCUGGGUAGCGCUUCUAAGCCGGGUUGUUCAAAGCAGGGUUAAGAUAACCCAGGGUUAGUGCGAAAUUUGAAUUCAGAUAUGAAAGCUUAAAAAGCAAAUGCAGUUUUAUUUUUAAUGCCUACAAUUUGAUGAUUGGAUUCUCUAAAAAGAAUAGAGAAAAUUAUCCGGGAAAAUGCGUUUGAACAAAUGAAAAAAAAAACCAGGUCAAAAUUUAACCCUGGGUAAGCGCUAAUCGGCCUUCGAACAACUGGGCCCUCAUAGGCGUAUGGGCCGGGGGGGCGAGGGGGGCUGCAGCCCCCCCAAAUUUUGGGCAACUCAGAUUUUUUGGGCAGCGAGAGAAAAUUUGGGCAAAGCCAGUUUUUGAAGACGUUUCCGUGUUUUUGAAAUCAUUAUUUUGAAGAGAUAAAUAUUUUCUAUUUUAACCUGAAGUUGGCGUAAUAAUCCAGUUCUGUUACGUUUACAGGAGACAGUGGUUGCCUAGCACGUAAUGAGUUUCUGGUUAUAAGGGAAGGGUAUCAUGUGCUGUUUUUUUUUUUAUUGUUGGGCACUGUACUGCAAUGGGCAAUUUACAGUCGUGAAUUUAUUAGAAUAAACUUCCGCCUAACUUUCUAGAAUCAUCUGCACUCGUAGAACAGUGUAUGGUAGAUAGCAUCAGCAAUGGGUCUGAAAGCGAAGAAGUGGCUGACUAAUUCUCAGUUUGAAUUACGCAAAGAAUCGUAUUUUUUAAACAAAAAAAUCUAUCGAGUGGUUUAAAGAUUAUUCACUAAUUUGUUAAAGUAGUAUAGACCGAAAUGUUUACAAAACCGCUAACAAGAGGGCCAUGAUACAUACUAAACACUCAAAUCCUUUUUUGACCGGAGCUAUCUCCAUGAUCUUUUACCCACGUUUUUAAAAAGAUUGAAACUACUAUGAGGUGAAAUUGCAUGUCAAAAGCGCUUCGUUUUCUACAGAUAACGGCCAAACAGCAAGAUUUUCCUUUUUUACCGUAUUUCUAACGAUAAAAACUUUAUACCAAAAUAUCUCCGCAACGCUCUUACAGAUUCCGUUUUAAUUUGACGAACAUCGAGGCGACUAUUGGAGGAAAAUGCUUCCGUGGACGAUUUUGGAAGAACAGUUCCCAGUGAGAAAUGUUGCUGCAAGUAUAAUAGGUAAUAGCAUCGUUUGGUUGCUAUGACAACUCCGAUGUUAUUUCAACCCGGAUCAUAACAAAUUUUCAUCUUUAUCUAAUACAACUGUGGUGGCAAUUUUUCCAAAUGUUUGUUCAUGGUGUCGUAGUCUAUGCUCAAAAAAAACUUCACAGGUAUUGACCCUGAAAAACUGUACCGAGCCACUUUCAUAUGCUAGUACGGCCUAUUUUGUUGCAUCUUAUGGCCCUCGUUUCUGUUCGACUGUUUUGUAAAAAUUUGGGCAACUUGCAAGAAUUUUUUGGGCAAAUGGUUUACCGCCCCCCCUGACAAAAAAUUGCCCGUACGCGUAUGUGGGCCCUUAUUCGGGUCACGCUGCGAGGGACAUUAUCUUUAACCAAUAAAAAGUACUAAGUGCCUUGUGAACAUAGCCAAAAUUAUGUUUUUGUUUUCUUAUAUUUUUAGGCUCGCCAAAUCAACAUUACAAGCCUUGGAUCGUUCUAUGACAGCCCAAUGUUUACAUCAAACAAGUUUAUCCACGAUAAGAAGAGGAAGCUUAUCAUCGAGACUCUAUAACUUGUUACAAUUCCAUUGCUACGUAACUGGUCCGUCCAAAAGCUUCUUUUUCUUUUGGUCGAUACGUUAUCUUUAACAAGUGAAAUCCUUUCGCUUCCCGAGAAAUUUCCACUAGAAACUGCUACAUUUUUGAACUCCUGUCGAACAACCCUUAAGCCACUUGCGUGGUGUUAAAAACUAUUGUAAAUUAGUUAUUCGUUCAGUGGCUAGACUGCAAAACAGUCCGUAUUUUUGCGUAUUCAAGUACGCGCGAGUAGUCAAGCAAAAGGUCUGGAACGAGGCUGAAACCAGAGAGCGAGACUGGGAAGAGGCGCUAAAAAUACGGGCGUGUGAGGCUUGCGCGCUUCGCGCGCGUAAGAUUGUUACGCCACGCUUUACCCAUUUCUUUACUUAUUUUGAGAAAAAAACGACUGUUUGCAGUCUAUCCAGUGGCGCAGUUUCAUAGGAAAUUUACUUGCAUAUCCGUUUACAGUGGGAUCCACAUCGCAGUGGUUUGGGCAGUUCUUACGAAAACAUGCUGUGGUCGGUUUUUUGAAAAUCUCAGCGGAUGUGUUUCUUGUAAUAAGGCCUGCGCGCGUGUUGAGUUUGACCAGCGAUAGUUUUCCUUGCCAUUCAGUGCGCAUGACUAUAAUCACAUAUUUUUCAGUGUCCGCUUUUAAUGUGAGGAUCGUUUUCACCUUCUUGUAGACAGACUUGUAAAUUAGCGCUUGUGCUGUUUGUACAGAUUGUUUUGUAUCACUGGUAUAAAAUAUAUGAGAUAAUAUUUUCCCAAUUUACUAUGUGAAAGUCAUUGCUUUAGUGUUAAUAGAGGGA